CUUUGGGCCGGCCCUGGCACAGGAUCUCACCGCUCGGGGCGUGGUCAGCUGAAUUCCCUUUGGGCCGCGGCUGAUUCCGGAGAAAAUAGCAGGGGACUUUCGGCCAUGAAGUGGCGUUUGUUCCAUGUGAAGACGGACUUCCCGUUCUGCUCUGUUUCUUCUGAUCAUUUUCACCUGGACAACAGCACGAUGCGAGAGUUUCACCUGAACGAUACGUGCACAAAUGGGUCUGUGCUGACACUGUGGUGUGGAUCCCAGACAGCUGUGUGUUUGGUCACCACAGAUCAAACUCUGAUCCUCACACACCUGAACAACAGUCGACAACCAGGUUUGCGAACUUACAGUUCCUACAACAUGUGGCUGGGAUUAGCGCUUGCACUGCUUUCGUCCUUCCUGAUUGGUGGAAGUGUCAUCCUCAAGAAGAAAGCUCUCAUCCGAUUGGCCUGCAAUGGAGACACUAGAGCAGGUGAUGGAGGAUAUGGCUACCUUAAAGACUGGCUGUGGUGGGGAGGCCUGUUGACCAUGGGAGCCGGAGAGGUGUGUAAUUUUGCUGCCUACAUGUUCGCUCCAGCCACACUGGUGACUCCCCUGGGAGCGCUCAGUGUCCUCAUCAGUGCGGUUCUCUCCUCCCACCUGUUGGGGGAGCAGUUGAAUGUGGUGGGAAAGUUUGGCUGUCUGCUGUGUGUACUUGGGAGCAUUCUGUUGGUCAUUCAUGCCCCACAAGAAAGAGAAGUGACAUCAAUACAGGAUAUGACCAAUAAGCUGCUGGAGCCAGGUUUCCUGGUCUAUGUUGUGGCGGUAUUGGUUCUGUGUGCAGUUCUGGUUUUGUAUUUCUGUCCACGGUCCGGUCGUUCCAACAUCCUGAUCUACAUCGGCAUCUGCUCAUUGCUGGGAGCCUUCACUAUAUCGUCGGUGAAGGGCCUCGCCAUAGCCAUCAACACCGUGGUUUAUGACACCUCUGUGCUCAGCCACCCUCUUACCUGGAUCCUGCUCCUCACCCUCAUUGUUUCAAUAGUAACACAGGUAAGCUGGGCUCAUAAAAAUUGGCACUGCAAAUUACAGGAUGGAAAGGAUUUGGUAUCUUGGUACCAUAUACUGUACAUUGAUAAUGCAUAAUGCAAUAUCUGAUUGCUGUAAACCAUAUAUCUGGUUAUUAAAUUGAAUAAUCAUGAGCAUGUUAAAAUCAUUUGUUUUUUAUUUUGGUUCUGAUAUUAAUGAUCAAUCAACAUAACUUUGGGCAAUGUCCUCCUGGACA